GUGCUGAAAUAAUUUGAGUCUGUUAUCUCUUAUCAGCUGCACAAGCAUCCCCCCCCCCCCCAUCCUGCUCUCUCAUUGGUUUUCACUGUUGCCAUAGAUACUGGUGUCCUGUCCUUGCCUACUGAAAUUCCAAAGUCAACAGCAAGGAUUGCCUUGAACUCUGCCCUUGUGUGUCAUGGCUGCCAGCUUCAAAUAAAGUAAGAUCCGGAUUUAUGGGAACUUCUCAGCAUCUUCCAGCAGGGUCAUGUGUGAGAAACUGGAGUGGUGCCGGAAGGAACUGUUCGCUGCUAUUCAAACAGCUCUGAAGGGUCCCUUGCCCCCAGCGAUCACACACCUGCUGCACACUCAUUCUUCCCUGAUACCGUGUACAGAUGGCAGCAUCGGCCUGACUUCAACCAUUGGUCCCUUGGCAGAAGCCCACUGUGAUCAUCCUGUUGACAUCUGUAAACCAUAUUCCGAGGGACAAGAUAAUAUGCCCCACUCCUGCAUCAAAUGGUCUUCAAAGAAAAACCUAGUAAGUGAGGCAUUUCAUUCCUCCUUACUAGACUGUGGAAAUGUUCCUCAAGAUCUUAAUCUACCAGACAUCACUCGGGACUUGCUGGAUAUCAUUGAGAGCACCAGCUCCCCAGUAAUGGCUGAGAUCUCACAGAAUUUGGACUGGAGCGAGGCUUCUACGUUUAGUCUGGAUGUACUGAACCGGACAAAAGAUGAAAGGCCACCGACCGCUAAGGCCAUCACAGAGUCAGCACCAGGGACUGACCAGGUCAUUGAAAUUGUUCUGGAUCUUGAGGAUGACUACAACAUCUUGGAAGGAAUCAGUAAUGUUCUACAGACAGGGACUUACGACUGAUACUUCCACCUCUCCCUGGUUUUGUCAAUUCUAUUUGUUCUCAUUUUAAUUGUGCAGCCAUAAUAACAGACUUUUUAAAAAUCUACUUGUGUGCCAAAAUAAGGCUGUAAUUUGAUGUGUAUUUUGUGGCCUUAAAGGGGUAGUCCAGUGGUGAAAAACGCAUCCCCUAUCCUAAAGAUAGGGGAUAAGUUUGAGAUUGCGGGGAGUCCGAUCGCUGGGGCCCCCUGCG